AUGGCCGUGAUACUAGUAGUCGGCUGGAUAGCUGAGUCCGUCCGGGAGAUUUUUCAGAUCUCUGGGUUGACUCUGCAGUCUUUUCUCGUCUUCUGUACGGCCUUUUUCUUGGCAUGUUUCCUCUUGAAGCGCCGCAGAAACCUGCCUCCCUACCCGACAGGACGCGUGCCCGUUCUCGGGCACCUCCUCGCCUUGGGCCCGGCGCCUCACCUCAAGCUGACGGCGUGGAGGCGGCAGUACGGGGACGUCUUCACCGUCAAUUUAGGAAUGGAAGAUGUGGUGGUUCUGAACGGCUACGCUGCCGUCAAGGACGCGCUCGUGGACAGGUCCGAGCUGUUCGCAUGCAGGCCUCCAAUUUACCUGCCUCAAGCUGUUCUUGGUAACGGAAAGGACAUAGUUGGUGCACCCUGGGGACCUGAGUUCAGACAGAGAAAGAGGUUCGCCACCGCCGUCCUGAAGAACCUGGGCAUGAAGGUCGGAACCGGCAGCAUUGAGGAGAAAAUCCGAGAGGAGGCGAGCUGUCUCCGCAACAGGAUUGCAGAUUACAAUGGGGAGCCCUAUGACAUCACCCAUGACAUCAGCCUUGCGGUUGCAAACGUCAUCUGCUCCAUGCUGAUGGGGAAGCGGUAUGACUACGGAGACGAGACGUUCCGAGAACUGUCAGAAGCGGUCGCCACGGUCUUUACUGAACUUGGAGCUGGACAGAUCAUCAGCGUUUUCCCUUUUCUGCGGUUUGUUCCCGUCGUGAAUAGACCCGGCAUCAAUGCAUUGAAAGCGAGCUUCAAGAUCCAAAAUGUGAUAAAAGAGGAGAUAUCUCGCCAUCGCGAGAACCUGGAUCGCGAGAACCCGCGAGACUUCCUGGACUUCUGCCUGCUGGAGGUUGAGAAGCAGGAGAAGGUGGAGGGUCUGACGGAGGAGCACGUCUUGUACGUGGCCUUGGACCUCUUCUUUGGGGGAAUUCACACAACCACCAACACACUGCUGUGGGGUCUGCUCUACAUGACUUUGAACCCCGACAUCCAGAAUAAGGUUCAGCAGGAGCUUGAUGCCGUUGUUGGUGAGAGUCUACCAGCCCUGUCCCACCGUUCCCAGCUGCCCUACGUGAACGCCUGUCUGCUGGAGGUCAUGAGGAUCCGGCCCGUCGCAUCUCUCGUUAACCACACCACCACAGAGACGGACAAAGUGCGGGAAUAUGACAUCCCAAAGGGAACCCAGGUGAUGAUGAACAUGUACUCCCUUCACAUGGACCCCGCCUACUGGCCUGAUCCGGACCGGUUUGACCCCGGAAGGUUUCUGGAUGCGGAAGGAAACGUCAUCAACAAGCCUGAGUCCUUCAUGCCUUUUUCAGGUGGCCGACGUGUGUGUCUUGGAGAGCAGCUGGCCAGGAUGGAGCUGUUCCUGUUCUUCUCGGCCCUGCUGCAGUCCUUCACAUUCAGGACGCCAGAGGGCGCUCCACGUCCAACAACUGACGGUGCCUUUGGAAUAUCGUUGACGCCGCAUCCGUUUAAACUCUGUGCGCAUGCGAUCCCGCGUUAG